AUGGAUUUCGAAGAAUCAUUCAUCAACGCUCAGGAUUUCGACAGCCUCGUUCAAGUGGAACAAGCACAGGAGAUGAAAGAGAGCACUACGACGACUCCGCCUCCAGUGGCCAACAAACGGGGACGCAAGCCAGGAAAAAAGUCCAGUGACAAAGUGGACAUCAGAGCCAAACUAGAGAGGAGCCGGCAAAGCGCCCGGGAGUGUCGAGCAAGAAAAAAGUUACGCUAUCAAUAUUUGGAGGAGUUGGUGACAGACCGCGAGAAGGCUGUUGUAUUGCUGCGGCAGGAACUGGAUAAAUACAGAAUGUGGUGCGGUGAGGUUGAUGAAGGCAGGAUUCCAGAAGGUUUUCCAGGGCUCUUGGACGAAAUGGGCGCUGUAAAACAAGAAUCUGCAGGCGGUGUACUUAUCAUGUAA